GAAAACCAACAGUAUCGACGACAUGGAGAAAUGAGCCACCAUGAGAUCGGAAGAGAUUGUCGACGGUAGCCCACGAGGAUCGGGGAGAGAGGGGAUCGAAGGGGGCCAACGCUUCGACAAUCGGAGGAGGCUAGAUCAAGGGUAAGAGAACGGGAGUGAAGUUAGAGUGAGGGUUUUAGGGGACCCGAUGUUCAGCGACUUUGGCCCUCCCGAGUCCGAAAGUCAAGAGAUUAAGAAAAAAAAAUGAAGAGAAAUAUUCUGCUUUAGCCCCCAGCAACGACGGGGAGAGUCCUCACUCAAGUAUAUAUCGCCACAGCCGAGCGAGCAAGAGGGGCAGCAACAGGGUUAUUAACUCGGAGCCAGGUUUCCGACCAGUCCCAAAAUCCUCAUAGAUCUCCAUACUGAGAGAAACCCAAGAACCCUAGGAACCGUCAUCGUGCGCAGGGAUCCCGAGAACCUACCAUGCUGGAUCUGGGAAGGGAGCUCUGAUCUGCCCUUCUCCAAUGGCGAAGCCGGCGACGGCCGGAUGGAUCUCUCUCCAGAACAAGCGCCUCCUCUUCCUCCUCCUUCUCGUCUUCUCCGGCUCCACCGCCUUGGUCCUCUUCAUCAGGGGAGGCCUCGACUCCUGCGACCCGCGGCGGGAGGGAGGAAGAGUGGCCCCGGCGGCCAGUGAUCGAGUUCAGCUCCAGCCGCCUGCCGCCCGCGUACAGAAGAGCCCGCUUGGCUUCAUGAGGUCGAAGCUGGUCCUCCUCGUCUCUCACGAGCUCUCUCUUUCCGGUGGACCAUUACUGUUAAUGGAGCUAGCAUUUCUUUUAAGAAAUGUUGGUUCCCAAGUGGCCUGGAUCACUAACCAAAAAUCAGAAGAUGCAAAUGAGGUCACAUAUAGUUUGGAGCAUAAAAUGUUGAAUCGAGGAGUGCAGGUCUUUUCUGCAAAGGGCCAAGAGGCAAUCGAUACUGCUCUUAAAGCUGAUUUGGUUGUUUUGAACACAGCUGUUGCUGGGAAGUGGCUUGAUGGUGUUCUCAAAGAACAUGUUUCUCAAGUUCUUCCAAAGAUCUUGUGGUGGAUUCAUGAAAUGCGUGGGCAUUACUUCAAAUUGGAAUAUGUCAAGCAUCUACCUUUUGUCACAGGUGCCAUGAUCGACUCUUAUACAACAGCUGAAUACUGGAAGAAUAGAACUCAUGAACGUCUAAAAAUCCAGAUGCCCCAAAUCUAUGUUGUUCACCUUGGCAAUAGCAGAGAAUUAAUGGAGGUUGCUGAAGAUAACAUUGCUAGAAGGGUUCUUCGGGAGCAUAUACGCGAGUCCCUUGGAGUGCGGAGUGAUGAUCUUCUCUUUGCCAUAAUAAACAGUGUUUCUCGUGGGAAGGGGCAGGAUUUGUUUCUUCACUCAUUUUAUGAAAGUCUGCAGCUGAUCCAAGAGCAGAAGCUCCAAGUGCCAUCAAUGCAUGCAGUUGUAGUUGGAAGUGAUAUGAAUGCUCAGACCAAGUUUGAAACAGAACUCCGUGACUUUGUGUCAAAGAAAGGAAUCCAGGACCAUGUCCAUUUUGUCAAUAAAACACUGACAGUUGCUCCAUACUUAGCUGCAAUCGAUGUACUUGUUCAAAAUUCUCAGGCCCGUGGAGAGUGCUUUGGGAGGAUAACCAUUGAAGCUAUGGCAUUUCAGUUGCCAGUGUUGGGGACUGCUGCAGGUGGCACAACAGAAAUUGUUGUAAAUGGUUCAACAGGUUUACUGCAUCCUGUAGGGAAAGAGGGUGUCACUCCACUUGCAAAGAACAUUGUAAAACUUGCCACCCAUGUCGAACGAAGGCUGACUAUGGGAAGGAAAGGUUAUGAGAGGGUGAGGAAGAGGUUCAUGGAGCAUCACAUGGAAGAGAGAAUUGCAUCCGUUUUGAAAGAAGUUCUAUGGAAAUCAAAGAGUAACUCUCGAUCUUGAGAUGUUCGCUGCCCAUCGAAAAGUCAUGAAGAGGUCACACUGAUUUCCAUCUCAGCUAACUGUUCUAUCAAUCCUUAUCUGUAUAUUAUGAGCUGAAGACGCUUCUGGGCAUAUAUUGACAUCUUGCCCUGCCCAAGAUCCAGAGUAAUUUUCUUCUUCUUUUUUUUUUAUCUGCCCUUUUUCCUUUUUUUGGUACCUAACAUUUCUGGUGAAAUGCGUUUGGAAGUUCAGUAAAUAGAAGUACUAUUAGUUUGUUAACUCCCA